AUGCCAGGUAUCUGUGCAGGAAUUAGCUGUGCAGAUGCAAUAGAGGCUUCUGGGAGUGCUGCUUCUGGAGUGGAUGAAAUAGAAACCUUAGGACUGGAGCUCAUCACCGACCUGACAAUGCAUCACACAGUGACCAAAGGCAAACUCUUGAGCAUAUUUGUAGUAUGUGCCCCACCUAACUUCCUUCAGCUGUUCUCCCUGCUGCAGAGUACUUCCCUUUCCUGUGUGACUUUUCCUCUCCCCAUUUUGUUUCCACAGCAAUCAGGACUUUAUGAGUAUAAAAUCUUCGGUGGUCUUGCUGACUGUCCUCCAAAACUGUGUGCAGAGGUCUAUAUGGACUUAGAUUUCAGAAAAAAAUGGGAUCAGUAUGUUAAAGAACUGUAUGAGAAAACAUAUGAUGGUGAGAAAGUAAUCUACUGGGAAGUGAAGUACCCUUUUCCUCUCUCAAACAGAGAUUAUGUCUAUAUUCGUGAAUGUCGAGAGAUGGAUGUCGAUGGGCGGAAGAUCUGGGUUGUGUUAGCUCAAAGUGUGUCUGUUCCUCAGUGCCCUGAAAAGCCUGGCAUUAUCAGAGUUAAAAGCUAUAAACAAAGUCUGGCAAUUGAAAGUGAUGGCGAGACUGGAUCUAAAGUCUAUAUGUACUAUUUUGAUAAUCCUGGUGGCAUGAUUCCAUCAUGGCUGGUCAACUGGGCUGCCAAGAGUGGUGUACCUGCUUUCCUGAAGGAUAUGAAAAAAGCUUGCCAUAAUUAUUCUAGGAGCACUUAGGUCAAAGUUGAUCUGAAUUGUUCAAUUCCUAAAGCACUUGCAGGAGUGGCUAUUAUAUAUUACACUGGAUCAAAUCUACCUCUAAA